AUGGAGGCCCCGCUGGUGUGUUUGGACGAGGAGUUUGAGGACCUGAAGCCGUGCAGAGUGGAGGACUCGGAACCCGCUCCGCGUCGGCCCUACGGCACGGUUCCCCUGGCCACCCUGGGCCGAGAGGACUUCUCAGAGCUGGAGAACUUCUCAGAGAUGAUGAGCUUCAAGUCCAUGGAGGAUCUGGUGAACGAGUUUGACGAGAAGCUGAACGUUUGCUUCCACAACUACAACACCAAAACGGAAGGUCUGGCCCCCGUCCGCGAUCAGUCUCACGCCGAGGAAGACGAGGAGAGGCUGCAGGAUGAAGAGUGA